AUGAAGCAGCAGCAGAUCUAUGAAAAGGUUGAGAUACGUUGUCGUUGCCCGCUCUGCGAAUUGGUAAUUCUUGUUCGUAUGCACAGGAGGCAAUAUCUUGCGGCCCACAAAAGCAAAGCGGGGAUGAUCCAAACUGCUUCCGAAUCCCACUGUAGUCCAGUCCGCCACCAGAAUGGCGACAGUGGCCUUCCAUCCCACCAGGACUGCCGAAGGGUGCGAAAGAGGCAGUUCAACCAGGGACGCCGCGAUGCGGCUAACACGGAUUGGUUCGGGGUGUCUGCGUACAUACUCGGCAUGGAGGAAGAGGUGGAUACUUGUCCUGAGGAAUUUUUGCACAUACACGUCGCAUCCUCGAAUCUGCUUUCGAAAAAGACCGCCGCGACGUCCGCAAGUACUGGGGCCAUGACCCUGGUACCAGUUGAACGAGCACAGAGCCACUGA